AUGCCGAGUACCUCGUAUCAUGCCGAGGAUGUUGGGAAGAUCCUCCUCGAGGUUCAGAACAAUCUGCGAGCACUGCGCUCAGACCUCUCGGCAACGUCCACCAGUGAGGCCAGCGCGACCAAGAAGAUCUCUCUGCUACAGCAGCUCAUCGACAAAGCUGAGAACGACAUCAAGUUGAAGACAGAGGUUGUGCUGAACAAUGCCUUCAACGAGCAGUACACAACUCUACCGGCAAUCAGGGACACCAAGCGGUCAAGAUCCACCUCACGGCCCAACUCAGCGUCUCUCCGCCGCCUAUCUGUUAAGGAGCAGAUGCAGUCAAAGAGGCAGAUGGAUCUGAUUAUGCAGCCCAACUCCUCCGAAGCAAGAAACUUCCUGCAGGAGAGGUUUGGCGUUGCCGCUCCUCCUCCUCCGAAGCCAAGGCAACCUAAGAAGGUCCCAGGCAGUGUCAUCCGAUCCAAGACGUCGGAACCAGGCACCGUCCUUCCUGCUGCUGUUCGCCGCGACCCCAGCGCUCCUCCUCCUCGCCUCACGCAGAAGGACAUUCAUAAGGGCAUGUCAGAGCUGGUCAACAAGGGACUGAUACCCAAGUACGUCGAUCUCACUCCUGCCUUCGUCCGCACGCCUGCCCCCGUCCUCUGCGGGCCUGUACAGAUGCAUCCUUGGGACGAGCAGUUCGUGCGGCAGGAGCCGUACACCAACCCGACAGGGUUCUCGCUGGCGGGAGUGAAGAUGGAUAUGAUUUCUUCAGCCAGACAGGUUGAUCUGAACACGCUCCCUAGAUCCACCGCGUCCAUGAGGUCGAAGCCGCACAAGAGCAUGAGCGUGCAGAUGGAAGUGGGCGAACAGGAGGAGUCCAAGGUACGCAAGGUCUCGGUUGCGAUAGCGCCUGCGGGAGAGGAAGGGGGGGAUGAAGAUUUGCCGGAGAUGGGAGGAGGAAGGGACAAGAAGGAGGGAGGAGGGACACCCAGGGACUACAACACGCUGCUGGACGAGUUUUCACUGCAUCAGUUCAUCAUACGGAGAGGAUUGACACUUUCGUCCACCCCUGAGUUUGAGUCGUACAAGAGGAAGCACACGGUGAUGUGGGGAGCGAUUCAAGAUAUUAUUUCCAGGCUCGAGAGAUUCCUUGGCAACUACAAUGUUCCUCUUGCUUACGUCGAUGGCAACAAAGUCGCGCUGCUGGCUCAGCUGGACUACAAAGAACCCAGUAACGACGACCUCCUCGAUUGUUUGGUCAACCUCGAACAGGUUCUUGAGCUUGUCAAGCUUCCGGGAGGAAGAUACCGAGGAAGUGACAAGGAGAGAAGCGCCUCGUUAGUGCUGCAGUCAGUUUACCGAGGCCAUUUCUGCCGCAAGCAGUUCCGGCAAUCGUUGCACAGAUACAAGCUCAUCGAGGAGAAGAUCGAAGACAGGAAGACGCAGUUUCAGCAGCUCUCCAUCAAACUCCAGCAGCAGUGGCAGGACAUGAGCAGGAGAAAACGAGUGGUCGUGCACGUUCCCUCCAUCUCCCGCGAGGAGGCUCAGAGGAUGAGCGUGCAAGACUUUGCCAUCAGGCAGAACAAUCAGCUGGGCAGGCUCACCUGGUCCUCCUCCCCCGAUGUCGAGGUCAUCUACGUUGCUCCCUUCCCUCUCAGCCCGGAUGUUGUUCAGUACUACUCCAAGCUCCUGCAAGUGCGAGGAACCGAGUCAGCCGAUGAUCGAUUCAAGAUUGUGUUUCCUGAGAACUACGAUCGAUUUCCUUCUCACUUCUCUAUCUCCUCUAUCCUCCUCUACUCUCCUCGAUGCUUGAAGCGGAUCAUCAACUUUGCCAAGGGGAAGGACGCAUACAUAAUCCCGGGUGUAGUUGGUCCAGAAGAUCUGAAGCUUGCGUGCUGUCUCAACAUGCCCCUCCUCUCCCCGGAGCCUCAAGUUGCCACCGUCUACUCCUCCAAGUCAGGAUCUCGCCGAAUAUUCUCAAUCGCAGAGGUGAACUCUCCUCCUGGAGCCUACGAUCUUUACAGCACAGAAGAAACUCUGCAUGCUCUUGCUCGCCUGAUAUUCGAGCGACUAGACGUGCAGAGAUGGCUGUUCAAGGAGAAGGAUCAGGAGAAGAAUCAGGACAAGGAUCAGGACAAGGACGAGGACACUGACGGGAAGCGGCAGAUCGACGAUGAGUUUGGAGGGAGAGGGCACGCCUGGCUUGAGACCUCAGCCCUUCAAAGUCACGCGGCCCUGCUGAGAGAGCGGGAAAGGAGCCUCAACCUGUGGAUGGACCCGCAGAAACAGCAGGCGGCGCUCAGAAAGGUAGUCGAGGAGCUCGAGCAGAUUCUUCCAAAGAGAGCUCAGAUAGCACAUAAGGACAUCUAUCCCACGUGGGAGGCGUACGAAGAAACGUUCACGCGGGUCGGUGGGACCAUCGAGGCAGCGGCAGGAGGGCAAGUCGACUCUCCUUGCGUCAACCUCUUCAUCCUGCCCACCGGAGAGGUUUCUAUUCAUUCCACGCAUGACCAUCUGUUCACUCAAGAUUAUCAUUACAUGGGUGCAAUCUUUCCUCAACAGACAGCAAACAAGAAAGCCUUGAACGCUGCAGCCACAGCUAUCGGCAAGGUCUGCGCCGACAAAGGGAUCAUCGGGUACAUCUCGGUGGACUUUGUGGCUUUCAGAGACGAAGAAGGAUACCCGCGACUAUGGGCGGUUGGAACUGCCUUCAUGCUUGUGGACUCGUUUGCUGCUGGUUUCCUUGCCCUCCUCUGCGUCGGCUCGAAGGCAUCGAGUGCUUUGAAGAUGAUCUCUGAGGGCCUCAAUUUCAUUCACUCUCAGCUUGGAAUCAGCAAGAUGAGCGACAAGUUCUUAGCGCCUGCUAGCAACUUCAAAGCUACAAUGAAGGAGGUGAAGAAGAGGAUCGCAAGGUUUCAAGAAGUCGAAGAACAAGAAAAGGCAGACACGAGAUGA